UAUAUAUAUAUAAGCUAUCCUUUUUUAUUUUAAAAAUUUGAUUCAAACUAAAGAGGCGAUACUUUACAACGAAAUAGCCAUGAAGAUUGCUUUGUUUUUUCUUGUUCUUUGUAUGCUCAAUGCGUCCACGCUUGCAGAAAAACAGUCGUACGUGGUUUAUAUGGGAGCACAUUCUCAUGGUCCAGAUGCAACGUUAGAAGAUUAUAAUCGAGUUACUGAUUCUCAUCAUAAUUUCCUUGCUAACUUCGUAGGAAGUGUUGAAGAGGCAAGGGAUGCACUAUUUUACUCGUACACAAGGCAUAUCAAUGGGUUUUCUGCCCUCCUCGAUGAACAUCAAGCCGCGAAAAUUGCAGAACAUCAAGAUGUAAUUUCUGUGUUUGCCGACAAGGCAAAGGAAUUACACACAACACAUUCAUGGAAUUUCAUGUCGAUGGAAAACAAUGCUGGUGUUCCAAGUGAUACAUGGAAGGCAGCUAGGUUUGGGGAAGAUACAAUCAUUGCCAAUCUUGACACUGGUGUUUGGCCCGAAUCUGAGAGCUUCAACGACGUAGGGUAUGGGCCUAUUCCAUCUAGAUGGAAAGGUUCUUGCGAGAACUCCGAAAGCUCCGGUUCACCCGUCCCUUGCAACCGGAAGUUGAUUGGAGCACAACACUUCAACAAAGGAUACAAAGCCUUUGGUAACGUCUCACAAUCAAUGGAAUCAGCCCGAGACUUCCAAGGCCAUGGGUCCCACACCCUCUCCACCGCCGGCGGCAACAUCGUCGAACGAGCCACCAUCAACGGCAUCCUCGUCGGGACUGCAAAAGGUGGAUCACCUCGAGCUCGAGUAGCCUCCUACAAAGUCUGCUGGACCCCACUCCCCUCCGGCGGGUGUUUCGACUCCGACAUCUUAGCCGCCUUCGACAUGGCGGUUCACGACGGCGUUGACGUCAUCUCUUUAUCCGUGGGUGGCGACCCGGUUGACUAUUUCAGUGAUGGGAUUGCAAUCGGGUCUUUCCAUGCGGUUCAAAACGGUGUCGUUGUUGUCUGUUCUGCGGGUAAUUCCGGGCCUAAUCCGGGCACGGUUUCGAAUGUUGCUCCAUGGUUGAUUACUGUUGGUGCUUCUACUAUGGAUAGGGAGUUUCCUUCGUUUGUUGAACUUGGUGAUGGGAGUCGAUUUAAGGGGUUGAGUUUGUCUGCUGCAUUGCCGAAUGAUACGAUGUAUCCAUUGAUUUCUGCUGCUGAUGCUAGACUCGCCAAUGCAAAUGCAAGUGACGCACUUCUUUGCAGGCCCGGUACGUUGGACUCGAACAAGGUGACAGGCAAGAUCUUGGUGUGCCUUCGGGGAGACACGGCGAGGAUUGACAAGGGCCGGCAAGCCAAGCUCGCCGGUGCCGUUGGCAUGAUUCUCUGCAACGACAAACCUAACGGAAACCAAACUGCAGCUGACAUUCAUAUUCUGCCUGCUUCACAUAUCAGUUAUCAAGAUGGAGUAUCUGUCUUCAAAUACAUCAAUUCCACACACGCGCCCAUGGGUUACUUCACUGCUCCGAAACCAAGCUAUGGUGUCAAACCUGCUCCCCAAAUGGCCAUCUUCUCUUCUGUUGGGCCGAACCCGGUUACACCCGAGUUUCUGAAGCCUGAUAUAACAGCACCAGGUGUGGAUGUUAUUGCUGCAUACAGUCAAGCAGUAAGUCCAACCGAGCAACCUUACGAUCAUCGCAUAAGUUAUUACAUGAUAGAUUCCGGCACAUCCAUGUCUUGUCCCCAUGUUUCCGGCAUUGCUGGUCUUCUUAAGACAGUUCACCCUACUUGGAGCCCUGCUGCCAUCAGAUCUGCUAUAAUGACUACUGCUAAAACACGAGACAACACGAACAACCCAAUGGAAGACGCAGAGUUCUUCAAGGGAACACCCUUCAAUUACGGUGCAGGACACGUGCGACCUAACCGUGUCAUGGAUCCAGGACUAGUCUAUGACUUAACCCCAACAGAUUACCUUCACUUCUUAUGUGCAAUUGGCUACAACAAAACCAAAAUCGAUGCUUUCUACAACGGUCACCACAAAUGUUCAAACUCAAACUCUAACAGAAACAGCAUUCUGAACUUGAACUACCCUUCAAUUACAGUCCCAAAUCUAUCUGAAACUGUUACUGUUACAAGGACUGUUACAAAUGUUGGGUCUGCAGGAACAUAUUUUGCUCGUGUUCGUCAACCGUCAGGUGUUUCAGUUACUGUUAGGCCAAAUCUGUUGAGGUUUGGGAGAGUUGGUGAGAAGAAGAAGUUUAAGGUGACAUUGAAAUCUGCUGGUAAAGGUGGAAAUUCUGAUGAUUACCAGUUUGGAGAGUUGUUAUGGUCUGAUGGGAAGCAUUAUGUCAGAAGUCCUAUAUCAGUUGCUCAUUCUCAGUGAUUUUCUGAAGUUCAGUUGUCAGAAAUCCUGUAUCAGUUGCUCAUUCUCAGUGAUUUUCUUAACUUCAGUUGUCAGAAGUCAUAUCAGUUGCUCAUUCUCAUUGAUUUUCUGAAGUUCUGUUGUCAGAAAUUCAGCAUAUAUGUAUUAGUUUUAGGUUGGAUUUUGAAUUAGUUUUAGGUUGGGAUUUUUAGUAGGAUAUAAUAAAUAAUCAUUAGUAGGAUUGUUAGAAGUGAGUUGCUUGCUCAUUGCUUGUUAAGUACUAGUCUAGGUUUAUGUUAUUGACAUAAAUUUUUAUUAUGAAAUUCGCGGUUUUUUAUUAAA